AUGUCAAAAACAUCGAAUCGAUUAAGUAAUAGUAUUCCUACUACUACUAUACGAAUAUCAACAAUGCAUUCUGCUGUUGUUGCUCCUACAACUUUUCAAUAUGUCAAUAAUCAUCAAGGAUGGACAUCGUCAUUGAUUUGGGCUGUUCUAGUUGUAACAUUUUCAACAAGUUUUGUCAUGGGUGUUAAUAUUGGCGGACCGAAUAUAUACAAUUUAUUUAUUGUUCCAUGGGCAAGAGGAUAUCCAUUUCCAUGUCAAAAAGAUGAAGAUGUAGCACAAUGGGUAGCACGUGUAUGGUGGGAUUGUGAUUAUACAGAUGUUUCUCUGUGGAAUAUAACAGGUUAUUAUUAUUUACCACCAGUACCUGCAAAUAGACAAAUAUCGCAACAUGUUAUCGAUGCAGCUCAUACUAUUUGUUUUGUUAUUGGUGGUGCAAUCGGUGGGUUGACUGGACAAUAUUGGUAUUCAUAUCUAACACGACGAAAUGCUAUUUUUGUUAGUAUGAUAUUUCAAUUGUUAGGAUCGAUUCUAAUGAUUAUUCCAUUGUUAAUUUAUCAUGGAUAUACACGAGGUGAUCCUGAUCGAAACACAAUCAAUCAAGUUCUCGAAAAUAAAGAUAUUGCUAUUGCACUUCUUUAUAUAUCACGUUUUUUAUCUGGAUGGUCUGCUGGGAUGUGUUGCGUUGUCUCAUCAAUCUAUUUAGCAGAUAUUAGUCCACGAAUUAUGCGUGGUAAAGUUGUUACAUUUCAUCAAUUGUUUAUUGUCAUUGGAGUACUUGUGGGCCAAAUAAUUGGUGUUCCAUGGUUGCUUGGUCAACAUGAUAAAUGGAAUUGGGGUAUGUCUUGGGCUGGUCUAUUUUCAUUAGCAGGUUGUUUUCUUAUUUGGACAUUACCUGAAAGUCCACGAUGGCUUGUACAAGAACAUGAAAGAAAUAGAGCAGCUGAAUCACUUCGUAUUCUUCGACAAAGUAAUUAUAUCGAAGCAGAACUUGAUGAAAUCGUACGACAAGAAGCAACUGCUGUAACACAGCAUGUAUCGAUUUGUAGUAUGUUUACUACUACACGUUUUCGUUGGCCAUUAUUGACUAGUAUAGCAUUGAAUGCUAUUCAACAGUUGUGUGGAAUUAAUUCAGUAUUUUUCUAUUCAAGUGAAACAUUUUCAUUGAUUGGUUUUGUAGAAGAUAAAGUUUAUUGGGGUAUAAUAUCAACUGGUCUCAUUAAUUUAGUAGCAACGAUAGUAUCAGAAAAAUUUGUUGAAUUAUUUGGUCGUCGUCCAUUAAUUCUUUAUCCACUUGGUAUAAUUACAUUUAUCAUGAUUUUACUUUGUGUUUUUAUUCAAAUUCAUAUACCAAUUAUUGUAUUAAUACUAACGUUGAUGUUUAUUGCUAUGUUUGCUGUUGGACUUGGACCAAUUCCUUACGUAUAUCCAAAUGAAGUAUUUACAAUUGAUGUGCGACCAACUGCUCUUUCAAUUUCAGUAUUUGCUAGUUGGUUUUGUAAUACAUUGGUAACCAUAUUAUUUCCAGUAUUCCGAUCAAUAAUUAAUGGUUAUGUUUUUCUUAUCUUUUGUGUUUGUUGUUCAUCAGCGUUCGUUCUCUUAUAUUAUAAAAUGCCUGAGACAAAAGGUAAAAAAUUAUCUGAAAUCGAAGCAUUUUGGUAA